CGGGAGCAUCAGUAAGUUGCUUAGGCGGAAAAGCAGCUACCGAAAUUAUGAGCAAUCACCAACUUAAAAAAUGUUCGGGAAAUAUCCGAACAGCCAAUAAUAAUAAAUGUCCCGUGGUAGGGAAAUAUGUGACUAAUAUUUCAUACCGUGACAAAAUAAGACCUAUUGAAUUUUAUGUUAUCCCAACAUUAAGUCAGGAUGUUUAUUUAGGAAUUGAUUUCUGGAAAAGCUUCAACUUAAUCAACCACCUAAUUAGCCCUAAGGUUGCAGAAUUAGAUACUGAGAGAGAUGAACAAAAGGGAAGCCCAAAAAUACACCUUUUGUCACCUGAUCAACAAAGCAACCUUGAUAAGGUCAUCAGUAAAUUUCCAUCGUUCGAUAGGGAAGGCUUGGGUCGUACCCAUCUCAUGGAGCACGUCAUCGAGGUAGGCGAAGCAAAGCCAGUAAAGCAGAGACAUUGGCCCAUAUCCCCUGCAAUUGAAAAAUUAAUGUUUGAGGACGUAGAUAGGAUGUUGGAAUUGGGUAUCAUAGAGGAAUCGAAAAGCCCAUGGAGUAGUAACAGUGUCAUUGUAAAACGAGGAGAAAAGAUUCGUCUUUGCCUCGAUUCCAGAGUGGUUAAUAAGCCGUUUACCACCAGCACGUUACAUAACCGGCUUAGAUAUGGAGCACUUAUCUUAUCUUUUCGGAAGACUUUGAGUCGCACAUGCAGCUUCUACAAGAAGUGGCUGUAUGUCUAA